AUGGAAGAUUCCCCUAGACUUACAGAAGAAAGGAGGAAAGAAAUCCUUGAAAACCUUAGGAAAGAAAGGGAAAAAAGGAGAGAGAUGCUGACUAAAGGAGAAAAUAUUGAAGGAUCGUAUAAUAAUACUCCGCAAUCUUCAAAUAAAAACGUAGGAUCGACUUUAAGAAGCGAAACUUUGAAUAAACUGCUGCAGGAAAGAAGGGAAACGAUGGAGCAAGGACAGAAUUUGCUUGAUUGGACUAAGCAAAAACUACAGGAAAAUGUUAGAGAAGAAAAAGAUUAUAGGAACUAUUUAAGUGGAAGUGGGUCAGAAUGCCCAACUCCUAGAAAAAAUAUUAAUCUUAACCUUAAGUUAAAUUAUAUAAAGCAUUCCUGUGAUACCCAAAUGGAUAUUUAAAUCCACCUUGCUUUGUUGGGCCUCUGCCACAGAACUACCAGGAGGUUAACUCCUCUUCACCUGAGGCUCGCAUUACUGAGAGUAGAAUGGGAUGGGUCAACGUGCCCCUACGCCAGAUGAAGAUUGCCUGCUUGGAAAUUCAAAAAAAUGGAAUUUUUGGAAGCAAAAAGGCAAACUUGUCGCCCAGGGUGUAACUCCUGGUUUCACGCUAGGGAGUUACCCAUUGGCCUAAAAGGCUUUGCUGGGCUUUCCCUUUCCAACUCAAAGUCCUUAUUAUUACCUCGAGGCAAAAUCCAGCUCCUGAAAGUGGACUAAGGCUAGGCCCAAACAAAUUAGGAUUGAUUACCCAGUAUAGCUGUCCAUUUUUGGGCUGGCAAAACCGUGUCGGGUAUAAUUAAUAUAUUUAAUCGAAGGUGCAUUGCUGGAAGCCAUGCCCGAUUGAGACGCCAUAUUUCAAUUAUCCUUGAAAAAAACCAACAGCGAUUGCAAGCUCUCCUAGGUCAGAAAUUAGCAUAAAAAAAGAGGUACCUAUGAGCAAAACUAAAGAAGUCCCUAAAAAAGCAGAAAAACCUGAGCCAGCUAAACCUCCAACAAAACGAAAAGUUCCAAAUCCAAGACCUUCAAGCGCACCUCCUCGUAAGAACCAAGAAAAGCCUAAGCCUUCAGCUCAGCCUACAUAUAAUCAAGAAUGUACUUUUAAACCCAAAAUAAACCCCCUUCCGCAAACUAAAGAGCUAAAUUAUAACAAACCAAAAUCCCAGGAUUUUGACUCUCGAAUUGAUGAGCUUUCCAAGCCAAAAAGCGAAACCAUUAAAAAGAGAGAAAAAGAAAGACUCGCAAAAGAAAAGGAAGCUGAGAAAUCCUGCCCAUUUAAGCCACAAAUUUCGCCAUAUCCUAUGAAGCGGCAAGAUGAGCCUGUUGAAGAAAGGCUAAUUAAGUUGGGAGAAGAAAGGGCUAAAUCAAGGGAAAAAUUGCUUCGAGAAAAAGAAAUGAAUGAAAUGAUAACACAUAGUUUUACGCCAAAAAUAAGCUCAGAAUCUGAAAAAAUAGCAAAAAAGAAGCCGCCAAUUUAUAAAAGGAUUUUUGAAAUUCAAAAAGAGAAAAACAAUGAAAUGGAAAAGCUUAGGCUUGAAAAUGAAAAAGGGUCAGAAAUGGCAUUCCAGCCAAGGAUAAAUCCGAAAUCUGAAAGAAUUGCAGAGUAUAAAAAAAGGCUUGAAGAGCAAGGAGAAGUUCUUACUCUCUCCCUUUUUAUAAAAUUUAUUAUUUUUAAUUUCUAAAUUUAAAUAGUAUUCCAUUUGCACUUUCCCAUUAGAAAUAAUAUUAAAUUAUAUUAAAGCUAUAAUAGAUAUUAUUAUUUUUGCUUAUAAAUAUUAAAAUUUUGCUUCAAUUUAAAGGUGUUAAUUUGCCCAUAACCCGAUAAUUUUUAAAGAGAGAAGCUAUAGAGGCUGCCUUUGAGUAGCGCUCUAAGCGCCCGAGACUUCCCGACGAAGUCUGGGCGGUGGUUUGACCAGCUGAUGUUGGUCAAACCAACAUCCAAAAUGACAAAUUCUUCUCAUACAGAAGGUUUGUCAAAUUGGAUGCUGGCUUGACCAACAUCAGCUGGUCAAACCACCGCCCAGACUUCGUCGGGAAGUCUCGGGCGCUUAGAGCGCUACUCAAAGGCAGCCUCUAUAGAAAAACUCGGUCCAUCGACGAAUAUAGAAAAGAAGAAAGUGAAAAAUACACUUUUUCUCCAAAGAUUUCAGCACGGACUAGCACCUCCUUUUGAAUUAGAACAAAAAAUUCUGUUCCAAUGUAAAUGGCUAAUAUUUUUUUAAUUUUAAAAAUCCAAAAAAUAUAAAUUGAAUACAAUAUAUUGAAUUUUAAAUUUCUUUUUAGCAAAGAAUUAAUUCAAAAAUUAAUCGAUUCAGUGUGAAAACUGUUUAAAUAAUAUUUUACUUGUUUUUUUUUCUCAAUUAUAUAAGGUAAACAGAUUUUAUAAAAAUUAAAAUUUUACUUAUUGAAAAAUAAUUUUGUUUAAUUAAGAGAGGUUAAAGUACCCAAAAAAUGGAAAUUUACCGAUAUGUUGUUCCAAUUUAAAGGGAAGGAGAGUAAUGGAAAAGGAUUCGAAGAGUUUUUAGAAAGACAGGAAGAGUUCAAGUUAAAAAUAAAAGAAAAAACCCAGCAAAAUAUCACAAAAUGGCAAAGUGAUGAAUAUACAUUUGCUCCGACUAUAAAUCCAUCUUCAAGGCAGAUGGCUCAGAACAUAGACAAAUCAUAUGAUGAUAAGCUUGACAGGAUAGGAAAAGACGAGCACGAGCGACGAGAAAACAAAAAAGCUAUGAUUCAGCAAGAAUACUAUUCAAAAUUCACUUAUGAACCUGAAAUAAAUCAGCUCUCAAAAGCAUUAGGCAGAGCUGUAUCUCUAGAAGAGCUUGCUUACGAUGAAGAAGGCAAAAUCAAAAAAAGAUUGCUUGCUGGUGCUCUGACUGCAGAAAAAGAACAAGCCUGCACAUUUAAGCCUGAAAUUAACAAAAAUAAAUACACUGGAAUUCGCAGCAAAUACACCGACCCAGAAAAUGUCCUAGACAACAUUCAUGAAGAAUUAAACAAGAAAAACGAAAAAAUCGAAGCCCACCGCAGCAUAAAAGAUUCAGAGGAGCUUAAAGACUGCACAUUUAAGCCACAAAUAAACACUCCAAAGCCACAAACUGCAAAGCCAAUAGUAGUUUCAGGCCUGGACAGAUUUUUAGAGCUUAAAGAACUGAAAAAAAGAUAUGAUGAAGAAAAAAAAGAAAGAGAAGAAAAAGUGUUUGGGUUGAAAAAUAAGAAUAAUUGGGACCAUUACUAUACAGUUCCUCAGCCUUUUAAUUUGACAACUGCAAAUAAAGAGGAAAAUCUUAAGAAACUGAAACAGGAGCGAUUAGAAGAAGAAAUGAGGGAAUGCACUUUUAAACCGAAUACAAUGGAAUCGUAAGAAAUAUUUAGAAAAAACCUCCAAGCUAUCAGUAGGAUUCUGGGAGACAGCUUUUUACAUUUAAAAGUCUGAUAA